GUUGAAAAACUACGUCUUUAAGUGUCAUAGAAGAAGCGAGUUUCGCUGUUGUUUGUGCAUAAAACUGCCAGUGGCAUUUCUGUGCUCUUGUACGGUGAUUCUCAUUUUAAUUUUUUUUUUUUCUUUUUGUGUAGUUUUACCUUUUUUUUUUCCUGCUUGACUGGGCCACCAAAAUAUGAUCGUUUCCAGAAUUGUGAAGUGCGAGUGCCGAGACCUGCUGCGCGUCAGUCUCUCACCGUGUUUGCUGCAAGGCCGUCGUCAUGAUUUUGAGUCGAAGGCUCGAGUGUUUCUAUUAUUUGUUAACGUUGACCGCAAAUAUUUUAGGUGAGACCAGCUACACUACAGUGGGCCAUCACGCUCGUGGGGUACUCAAAUAUUGGCGAAGGACGGCGGAAGAACAACGCGCCAGACUGUUUGACCUUCUACCCAAAAAUGUUGAAUCCUCCUACACACCACCGGAAGUAAUCAAGCACCGCGGGUACCCUGCUGAGGUUCAUCACGUGACAACAGACGACGGGUACAUUCUGGAACUUCACCGAAUACCACCUAAAUCGUCCAGUACUAAUAGGAAAGUCGUGCUUCUUAUGCAUGGGGUCGUGGAAUCUUCCGGUACUUGGGUCGUCAAUCCAUCUAGUCGUUCCCUCGCCAUAUUAUUGGCGGCUCAGUCGUACGAUGUGUGGCUCGGUAAUUUCAGAGGCAACCGAUAUUCAAAAAGUCACAUCAGACUGAGUCCUAAACAAGCCCAGUUUUGGAAAUUUAGUUGGGACGAAAUAGGAAAUUAUGACAUUCCUUCCUUCAUCAACUAUAUACUCAAGGAGACGGGACAGUCGAAAUUGUCUUACAUAGCCCAUUCGUUGGGAUGCGGAGUGUUCUUCAUCGCCAUGGUCAAGCAUCCGGAGCUUAAUGCUAAAAUCGAUAUAAUGAUAGCCCUUGCACCACUUUCUUCGUUUGCUCAUUUCACUACCCCUCUAUUUCGAAUUCUGACUCCGCUCAGUAAACGAAUUCAGGGUAUCCUCAGGAUGACUCGGACUUGGGGAGUGCUUGACAGUGCAGGGAUUCCUGAUCUCCUAUAUAACAUCGUAUGCGAUCAGACAUACAGUCAAGCGAGGUUUUGUAGAAAACUGUUAAACGCGAUUGCUGGACCGAAUCCGGAUAACAUAGAACUGGAGUUAAUCCCUCUGGUGGGAUCCAAUUAUCUUCAAGGAACAUCGGUACCCGUUAUGGCUCAAUUUUCUCAAAAUUACUUUGCAGGUGAAAGAUUUCAGGCCUAUGACUACGGAUGGAGAGGCAAUUUGAUGCGGUACCGAUCCUUUAAACCAAUGGAAUAUGUCCUAGCAAAAGUUACAGCUCCGGUGUACCUCUUCUUGGGAGGAAGUGACCGAAUUGUCACUCCACUGGACGUGGAUUGGCUUCUAAAGCAGCUGGGAAAUCUGAAAGGCUCUGCACGGUUAAAUGAUUACAAUCACGCCGAUUUCUUAUGGGGAACAGAUGUCAAAGAAAGGCUUUACGAUAAAGUACUUUCUCUUUUACCGCCUCCCUAAACUCAGUACUUACAUUAUUUCCAUUAACUGCUACAUUUCCUGUUCAGUUUGUACAUUUAACAAUUAUUUCAACCAACAAAGUAACUUCAUUCGUAAUGUU